AUGUCAGCCUCUCUAGCUCCAGAAUGCAACAAUAUAAAAGAGAAAUACGAAACGUGCUUUCUCAAAUGGUACAGCGAAAAGUAUCUGCGCGGUAAUACCGCAGACAAAGACUGUGCCAAGGUCUUCGAAGAAUACCAGAAAUGUCUGUCGAAAACCCUGAAGGAACGAGGGCUUGAUGGCAUGGUGAAAGAAGCCCGCAAUGGUAGUAAAGAAAGCGACGAUGAGUUUCUGAAGAAGGCUUGUAUGCAGCAAAGCUACUGA